AUGGUCGCCGCACUCCGAACCGCCGCCGCAUCCCUCAUGCGUGCCCGUGCACCCCUCGCCGUCGCCCGCCAGGCACCCGCGCUCCGCACCGCCGCCCUCCCCACCACGGCCGCCGCCCGCUUCAACGCCGUUCGCUUCUACGCCAGCGGCUCCGGACUCGGAAAGGAGGAGAUCCAGACCCGCAUCGUCGACGUCCUCAAGACCUUUGAGAAGGUCUCGGCCUCUUCUGCCUUCACCAGUGACCUUGGCCUCGACUCGCUCGACGCCGUCGAGGUCGUCAUGGCCAUCGAGGAAGAGUUCUCGAUCGAGAUCCCCGACGCCGAGGCUGACAACAUCACCACCGUUCAACAAGCGAUCGACUACAUCGCCAAGUCGCCCGAGGCUCACUAA